GAAGAAAAAGAAAAAGAAGAAAAGAUGUCGAAAGAGCUGUAAGGCAGAUCUAUUGAGGCAGACAUUGCCACAGAUAAGAGAUCGUCAUUUGUAUAUUACUCUACAUUUACCUCAGUAUUUUGAAGUUUGUUGAUAGUUUGGGUAAAUGAUGGCUCAGCUCCAGCAAGGAGGUCCGGAUGAAAAAGAGAGGACCACUGCAUUAAAGGAUUUAUUGUCUAGAAUAGACUUAGAUGAACUAAUGAAAAAGGAUGAGCCACCACUUGAAUUUCCUGAUACUUUGGAAGGAUUUGAGUACAUUUUUAAUGAAAAAGGACAAUUAAGGCACAUUAAAACUGGGGAGCCAUUUGUUUUUAAUUACCGUGAAGAUCUGCAUAGAUGGAACCAAAAGCGCUAUGAAGCUCUUGGAGAGAUCAUUACUAAAUACAUUUAUGAACUACUGCAGAAUGAAUGCCACUUGAAGAAAGUAACUCUUCCAGUUGAUGCAAUUGAGACUGAACCAAAGAGCUUUAUCUUUAUGAGUGAAGAUGCAUUAGUAAAUCCUGACAAACUGUUGGUCCUAAUUCAUGGUAAUGGUGUUGUCAGAGCUGGUCAGUGGGCUAGGAGACUCAUAAUUAAUGAAGAUCUGGACAGUGGGACCCAGAUACCGUACAUAAAGAGAGCUAUUGAGGAAGGCUAUGGAGUAAUAGUUCUGAAUCCCAAUGAGAACUAUAUUGAAGUUGAGAAGACAAAAGCCCAAAUACAGCUGUCUUCUGAUAUCUCAGAUGAACCUGCAGAAAAGAGAGAAAGGAAAGAUAAAAUCCAGAAGGAAACAAAGAAGAGACGUGACUUCUAUGAAAAGUACCGAAAUCCACAAAAAGAAAAAGAAACUAUGCAGAUCUAUAUUAGAGAUAAUGGCUCUCCUGAAGAACAUGCGAUUUAUGUUUGGGACCAUUUUAUUUCCCAGUCAGCUGCAGAGAAUGUGUUUUUUGUUGCUCACAGUUAUGGUGGACUUGCCUUUGUGGAGUUGAUGAUUCAACGAGAGGCAGAAGUAAAGAACAGGGUAACUGCUGUGGCGUUGACAGACUCAGUUCACAAUGUGUGGCAUCAGGAAGUUGGGAAAACCAUUCGAGAGUGGAUGAGAGAGAACUGCUGUAACUGGGUGUCCAGCUCCGAACCCCUGGAUACAUCAGUGGAGUCCAUGCUGCCCGACUGUCCCCGUGUCUCUGCAGGUACAGAACGCCAUGAACUAACUUCUUGGAAGAGUUUUCCAUCUGUUUUCAAGUUCUUCAGUGAGGCUGUAAAGGCGAAGAACAGCUUGGUGAAACCAACCCCAACACGGCGCUCCAACAGGAUAAAAUAUGACGAAUUCUAAAAGGAGGGGAG